UAAACAAAUAUUGUGUUCAUCGCGCCAUUCAAAGUACUGACAUUUACAUUUUGUUAGCAACGCUUUUCGAGAACAAACCGGUGACUAUGAAACAAUCCAAGGACGAAGACAAGGAGGAAUCGCCGGUUCAACCGACGACCCACAAUUCCAGCGCAGGCAGCAACGGCCACGACGCCAAAUCUCCGGUGGUCACUACUGCACCAGCGGCAACUUGUUCCGUAUCGGUUUCGGAUGCUUCGGGGGCCGGAGCUUCCGUUCGCACCACUGGACGGGUGAAGAAACCCAAACAGGUGUACGAUCCCUCGGACAACUAUGUGUCCCGGGCCAGCAGCAACCGCAACUCUCUCUCUUCAGUCCCGGCCACCUCCAAUGUCCAGUCACCGCCAGUCAAGGAGGCCACCGAUUCGCAGGACUCCACAACCAGUCCUGUUUCGGAGCAGCAGCAGCAGCAGCUACAGCAAGCGGCUCAACUUCGCAACUUCGACACGUGCCAGAAGUGUGGCAAAAGCGAACCCAAGCGCGGAUCUGGCCAUAAGAGCAACUUCCUCACUUGCAAGGGCUGCAUGCAGAAAUGGCACUUCCCCUGCUUGCCGAUCACGUUCCACAACCAGAGCACAGCCCGCAAGAAGUUCAAGUGCGACAAGUGUCGCUACUGCCGGUUAUGCAACGUGAGGGGGCCAGGUCUUUCCAUUUGCAGUUUAUGCGUGGAUGCCUAUCACCCGGACUGCAAUGAUCCCACUCUCAAGCAGAGCAAAGCCGUCGAGGCCAAUCCCAAUUGGAGAUGCUUCCGAUGCGAGGCGUGUAACAUCGGCGGCAGCACGAGUGCAUCCAGCGAGGAGCAAACGGGGGCCAGGAAAUCCACUGCGAGCCGCGAGGACCAGGCCCAGCCGGUGGUGCCGAGGAAGUCGAAUGCGGGUCGCAAGAAGCGCGUCCAAUCGGAGCCCACCGGGCAAGAAAAGGCAGCGAAGAUUGAGAAGCUAGCCAAACGUAGACAGCCCUUGAAAACAGAAAAGAAGAAAGAGUACAAAAAGGAGGAGGAUGAGGAGCCGGCACAAAUAAAAGUCAAGGUGGAGAAGGUCGAGCCGGUAGAUAUGGAGACUGAGCAGAUUGAGAAUAACGAUCUGCCUGGGCCAGAACAGGAAUCGCUUUCCUUACGCCUAACGCCAAUCACAGCUGUAGAGAGAAGAAGCCAUCCAGUAUCAACCUGGUCCGUGGAACAGGUCGUCCAAUUUGUUGCCAAGCGCUAUCCGAAGGAGGCGAACGUGUUCCGCUACCAGGACAUUGAUGGCGCCUCCCUGCUGCUGCUCAAUCGCCACGAUGUGAUGAACGGAUUCGGUUUGAAGCUGGGACCGGCGCUGCGCGUCUUCGAACUCGUGAUGUCCCUGCAGACUCAAUCCAAUGACGUUGGCCUCGCCUGGCUAGAUUAGCGUCCCCACCCACCUCCUUAGCACCUAAUGUCAUGUACCACACUUAAUUUAAAUCAAUACUCUCUUCUGUAGCCAUCGCAACCGCAUCACUUCGCAGCCAAUAAAGCUUAUAUUAAGUCUUCUGGCGGAUGGCUAAGAUUUUGCUUUAGUUUUAAAAAUGUUCCGUAAUCCCACACUCGCAAAUGCACAUACUUUUGAAUGGUAUCUGCUGAAUUUGCAACACGUUAUGAUUUUUAUUAAGGUGUUUUUUUUUUUUAAGGGUAGAGGCAAAGGUUUACUCUUUUAUAGAUGAACUAAAGUUCUUCAGUUAAGAGGAAACCUUCCUUGGCCAAUAAAGC